ACCCGAGUCUUCGACGUUACGUGCGACCGACAAGUGCUGCUCUCCCCCACGUCUCUGGGGGCCAGAUAGAAAGCCCCGGAUUUCCUAGAACAGAAACAACAGGAUACUUCAUUAAGAUUCCCUAUGGAUGCAUCAAGUGUUUUUCGCCAAGUCCAGGCUUUUGGGACCUAUGGCCCAGGACUUUCGCAAGGAUUUCAUCACCAGCCGAAGAGGCCCAUCAAGGUUGAGGAUCAAGGCGAUGGUGAAGCCUCGCAUCGCAUUGCGCAUACCCUUACAGCUUGCUGUCGGUGUCGUCAGAGGAAGACGCGCUGUGAUCCUACCUUGCCCCGUUGUCUACCAUGCGAACGAUCGGGCUCCACCUGCGAAUACUUUGACACCACAAAGAACAAGAAAAUAAGUCGCUACUAUGUCGUCAAACUGCAAGGGAAAGUUCGAGACCUCGAGGCCGAACUUAGUCAGUACACUAAUGAAGAUGACUUGCCUAAGAAUAACGAAGACUUUAUUCGACCAGGCGGCCUGGUUCGUCUAAAUGAGACAGAUGAGACUCCACGGUAUCUUGGUCCAUCUAGUGGUAUCGCCAUGACGCGCAUACUUAUGGAAGAAGCUAAACGACAUACCGACUCGAAGCAGAUAGCAGAGCUAAUACCAAAUGUACGAGGGCGACGUCCAGCUGAACCGCCUGGACCCAACUAUCCUGGGAUGCGGUCGCAGUCCUUUGCUAUGCGGCCGCAAGCAACGAGGAAGAAGAGUUAUCCCAUCAUUAGUGCAGUUGCGGCGCAGAAUCUUCCAAGUAGAGGUAUUGCCGACAGGCUGAUGGAAGUUUUCCACCAACGAGUAUUCACUCCAACGUUCCACGAGAAGGCAUUGCAAGCCACUCUUGAGGAUGUCUAUGCCGGGAGCCAAGACUCGUACCAAAAUUUUGUGGUGCGAUUGGUUAUAGCAACCAGUAUGCAAAAACUCGACGCCACGUAUGCAGGCCUCGCCGAUAGUUAUUACCUCGCUGCCAUGGAGUACUUUGAGGACGUUGUUCGCCCUAAAGAUCUCAAGACCCUCCAAUGUCUUGUCUUAAUCGGCCAAUAUUCUUUACUAACACCCACCCGGACCGCCGUAUAUUACAUUGUUGGCUUAGCGACAAGAAUCUGUCAGCAACUUGGGUUUGCUGACGAGAAGACGAUCUCCAUAGGCGCUAAUGACCCGCUCACCCUUGAUAUGCGACGACGAUUGAGCUGGAUCGUCACCAGUAUGGAACUUGGCUUGGCCUACAGCAUGGGUCGUCCGAACGGCUUUGCCAAAAGUGACGAUGUAAGCGACGUGAAAUUCUUCGAAAAUGUUGGUGAUGAGAAUAUUCAUGAAAGCGGAAUCAUCCCCGGACCUCCCAAUGAGAAGAAAUUGGUUGCUAUACACUUCUGUAAGAUGCGACUACUUCAAGCGGAGAUCCGCCGAGUGUUAUAUGAGAAGAAGUACUCGGAACCUAGAGACGACCGCCAUCCGUGGUUCGCAAAUAUGGAGGCUAAGAUGGAUCAAUGGUUAAGAGAGUCUCCUGAAAACCCUCCGUGGUGCAAGCCUUGGUUCUCGGGACGAUUUCAUACUAUGAUAGUAGCACUUCAUCGCCCUUCGCCUCAAGUCCCCAUGCCGUCCGUUCAGUCAGCCACAAAAUGCUUUGAUUCGGCUGCCUUUGUCAUCAAUAUUUCUAGCAAACAAAUGAUGGCAGCGGCUGUUGAUAUCACGUGGAUUUUUAUACUAACACUAUACAUGUCGCUCAACUCUCUUCUAUGGGCUGUCACGUAUCCCAAGGUCCGAGCCUUACAUCCGAAAGAUGAGGUUCAGGAACUUGUCAAUAUCUCACUUGAUAUAAUUGACCAAUGUGUCGAAAGAUGGCCAGGUACAGCAGCAGCAUCUCAAUUAUACGCUACAUUCACCAAAGCAUGUCUUCAAGGUUAUGAUUCAAAUAUGACAUCCAAUCACUCGAGCUCGAGCUCCUUUGACACUCCAUCCCAACACGAUACAAACUCACCCUCAUCCGAAUUUUCAAGUGCCACGACUGUGUCAAAGGCUGGUGCUUCAGCCUUCAGCCCGCCACAAUUUGGCUAUGUUUUUGGUUCAGGUCCCGAAGAGAUGAACAGUUAUAAAGUCGGCGACUAUCCUCCACAGCCUACCUUUAGAUCUAAUUCUAUCUUCCUCAACCCAGCUUCUAGCGAUCACACCGGGCGCCGCUUUAGCUACUUUCCUCCAGAUUUUACCCAAACUGGAGACCUACCGCUCAUGGAAGAGAGCAGUCCCCAAGAUACCGAUUCAACUGCUUCUCCUCCUUUCAUGUCUCCUGAUCAACAUCUACCGACCCCUCCGGAUUCGAUACCUGCAGGCAGUUCCGCUACCCCAAUCAUGGAAAAUUCGCUUUUAGCAACACCCAUGCUCUCAAAUUCGAGUCUAGCCCAGACCCCUUCCGAUAUAGCAACACCAAACACGAUGCAUCCCCAGCAACAGCACCCGAGCCCGCCUAAUUUUACCAUGUCUUCCAUGGCACAUCAUCAACCGCAAGGACAAAGGCCUCUACCCCAAUCAAGUACAUUGGCAGACUGGUUCAACCCUCCGCAACCAUUCAUAUCACCAUAUACUUUCGGUGGCGGGUUAGGUAACAACUUCUGGGGCGAUUCGUCUAGCACGAACGGUCUUGGUAACGUUGGUAUGGGCAAUAUGCCCAUGUCUAACGGCUUCUCACCCGAUCGACAGGGAAGCUUAAGCCAAGAGCAGCAGAUGGAGCUCAUGGAUGUUCUAGAACACGAAGGCAUGACGGACAUAGACACUUAUCUAAAUAUGGGACUGGCAUAUCCAAGUUAUGUCAUGGGCAAUACUGGCCAAAACAUGAAUUGGAAUGGGAGCUAGUGAUUUUUAUUGGCACUUUAGAUACCUACCUGGAUAAGGUACAUAUAUGGGACUAUAUCAGGAGUUGUUCUUUGCAUUCGUCAUCUAUGUUGAAUGGGAUGGCUUUUCAUAUUACGUCAUUGGAUAUAUAGGUAUAUUAGGAUUGUUCACUGAUAGAUACCACUUUCUUUUAGGCGUUUAGAUAUAGCCAGACGGACAUGUGAAUAGGGGCGAAUGCAGGUCG